CUGUACAUUCCAUAAUUAAUACAGUAAAAGAAAAAAGUGAUGCCGAUCGAGGAGUUUUCCUUAGUCAAGACCAGUUUUUGGAUAUAAUGAAAGAGCUUACAUCUCUCAAGAUAGAGCAAAAAAACCAGUCGAAAAUAUUGUCGAAGAUGGAAAGAUUGCUGGAACAGAAAUGUGAAGGAGCUGUAGCUAUUAAAAGUACUUGGUCUAAAACAUUUGAAGUUGUUUUUCCACUUUCGGACCUGGAAACACUAUAUAGUGUGGAGGAAAAACUUACAACUAAACCUGAUUUAAAAACAAAUUUCUGUUCUCCAAUGACUCGAUUGAUUGAUACGGAUGACACACUGCAAAAAAAUGUCAAUGUUGUGAUGAAAAAAUUAAUCAGUCGUGAUCUGGCAUUAAAUUUUACUGCCACCAGAAAAAUGGCAGAUAAAAUUGUUUUUUCAUUAAAUGUUCCUAAUAUUUAUAAGUGUAUUGUUGACACUUUAAGUGCCAGCCUUGGAAAAUCGGAAUCAAAAGUCGUCUCAGCUGUUGGAACUGCUUUUACCCAAUCUCAAUAUUGGGAAGGAAAUCGGACAAAAUCCAAAAAGGAUGAGCAACAGGAUGAUUCUGAUAAUGGACCUGAUACAACGGGCAAUAAUAAAAAUAUUAAGAUUGCGGAUUCUAAAAAAGCGAAAAG